AAAAACUUUAAAGUUCAUCUGAUCAAAAAAGUAAACACGUAAUAGUGCAUUCGGGCCGUCGAAAAUCGGAGCCCUAGGGGCUUUAAAAGUUAAUAGCACCUGCAAAAUGUCGUUGAGAGCAUUGGGCAGCCGGUUGUUUAAACAUGGUACUGCGUUGCUGCGACAAGCACGAAAUCAGAGGGAAUUCAAUACGAGAACUAUUGCCGACAAAAUUAAUGUCUCGAAAGCGAGCGCCGCCCCGCCUCACAACGUACCCGCCAACCAGAUAGUACCCAGAAGUCAUGCACUCAGAAAUUUCGGCGUGCAAAUCGGCGUACAGGCUCGAAGGAUCCUGAUACAGAAUGUCCUUAACAGGGUCACAAACAGCCUAGCUGCGGACUUGAGGAAGAAGGCAGCCAGGAGAAUACUGUACGGUGAUUCUGGACCUUUCUUCGCGUUGGUCGGAGUAAGCUUGGCGUCCGGAACUGGAAUUCUAACGAAAGAGGAAGAACUCGAAGGAGUGUGUUGGGAAAUACGGGAAGCUAUUUCGAAAAUUAAAUGGCACUAUUACGAUGUCGAUGUGGAUCAAUCUAGAUUCGAAGAUUCCUCGGUUACUUUAGAUGAUCUUUCAUUCGGCAAACCGUUAGCGAAAGGAGCUAAUGCUGUUGUAUACGAGGCUAAAUUCAAACAGAACGAUGGUAACGAAUCUCCUUCAACAGUAUCUGAGAUAUCUGCAGAUACUGAAAAUGAAAGUAGCAUCGAUAAAUAUCCUUUGGCUUUGAAGAUGAUGUUCAAUUACGAUAUACAAUCGAACGCUAUGGCUAUUUUGAAUGCGAUGUACAGGGAAACUGUGCCUGCUAGAUUUUAUUACAGCAACGUCGGAGGUGUUAGCGAUUGGGAAGUUGCAUUGUCUAAUAGGAACAGACAUUUGCCUCCUCAUCCUAAUAUAGUAGCCAUUUUCGCCGUAUUCACCGAUUAUAUACCGGAAUUGCAAGAUGCUCGAGGGCUCUAUCCAGCUGCUCUCCCCAAACGAAUUUACUCCGAAGGCGAAGGAAGAAACAUGUCGUUAUUCCUACUUAUGAAAAGAUACAACACGAAUUUGGAAAGCUAUCUUUCCUCUACGACCCCAUCCACCCGUUUAUCCGUACUCUUGUUCACCCAACUUCUAGAAGGUAUAGCCCACAUGAACUCUUACGGUAUCGCUCACAGGGACUUGAAGAGCGAUAAUUUGCUACUGGACACCAGCGAACCGGAGGCGCCUGUGCUGGUUAUAAGCGAUUUCGGUUGUUGCCUGGCCGAUAAAACCAACGGGCUGAUGUUGCCUUACAACAGUCACGACGUAGAUAAAGGCGGCAACGCCGCUCUAAUGGCGCCCGAAAUUUAUUGUCAAACUCCGGGUACUUUCAGCGUGCUGAAUUAUUCGAAAUCGGAUUUAUGGGCGGCGGGAUGCAUCGGUUACGAGAUUUUUGGUGGUAGAAAUCCGUUUUACAAGUCCGAGGGAUGCGAAGGAUUGAAAUGCGCUACUUACAAAGAGGAGGAUUUGCCCAGUUUGCCUACCGAUGUGCCUUUGAUCAUGAAAAUGCUUAUUAAGAAUCUAUUACAACGCAAACCUAACAAGCGAUUGAAUUCGGAAGUGGCUGCAAACGUUUGCCAACUAUUCCUGUGGGCUCCGAGUUCUUGGUUAAAAUCAGAGAAUUCGAAACUCCCGUCCAGUGCAGAGAUUCUUCAAUGGUUGUUGAGUCUUACAACGAAAGUACUCUGCGAAGGUAGAAUAAACAACAGGUGUUUCUCGCAGGACGCGGAUCAGGCUCAAAUGGCGAGGAUCGGUCGCAGGACUUAUCCGGAGUAUUUGCUGAUAGCCAGCUUCCUGGCCAGAGCUAAAUUGUCUAACAUAAGAGCGGCUCUAACCUGGAUACACGAAGUGAACUAUCCGGAUGAUUGUUGAAUUUAUUUAUAUGUUUGUUCUGAUAAGUAACUAACAAGUUUUGUUUUUAAUUAUUAUUUAUGUUGUUAAAUUUUUGCUAACCAGCGGUGGGAAGAUUCGCUUCUGGAGACUGUAGGAAAAUGUGAUUGAUUUAUUUAUCGAAAAUACGCUGUAAUAUAUCCUUCA